AUAUACCGGAAGUAGACUGCAGCUAGUGACUUAUCAGAUAAGAAACAAAGCGGUAAUUUUAUAGUUUUCGAGCUUUUACAGCAGAAUAUCUGUGUUCUUUUGUUUUUAUCUGGUAACUUAAAUCUUUUUCUACCUUUAAUGUAUGGUGAGAAAUCAUGACACCAUCUGUUAAUGUUCAUUUAAACGGAGCUUGUAUUUAUGAGUGACACUCAAUAAUUUUAUAUCUAGAUAAGCAUAAAAAUAAUACUAUACAAACAGGAAGCUCUAAAUUUUAUUUCAAAUUUACAGAAUUUAUGUAAAAAAUGGCCCAAAGUGCUUCGGCAAGAGCCGAUGAGGACGAUAUAUGGAGCGAUAAAGUCGUCGAACCUGAAUUAGAAUUUGACGAAUCUGGAAUCGAACUAGCUGCAAUCGACGCUCUAUGUCAGGAGGAGAGCGAAGAUCCACAUCUAAGAGCUGGAGCUAUAACUCCAGAUGGAUUAAUCGACGAAGACUUCGAACAAGAAUUAGGUUCACCUGAUCAUAUAGAGAAUGAAGAAGACGGUGAAUUUAAAGAUAUAUCGAAAUAUGGUAUAGUUCAGUUAGCAGGUGAUGAUAAUUUUGGGCGAAAAAUUGUUGUGAUAAGUGCAUGUAAAUUGCCGCCAAGAUCGGUGCUCGAUCACGCAAAAUUGCUUAGUUUCUUGAAAAAGACGCUUGAUCAGUAUGUUGAGAAUGAUUACAGCAUCGUUUAUUUUCAUUUCGGCUUUAAUCGAGAAAAUAAACCAUCCUUUGCGUGGCUUCGUCAGGCCUAUAAAGAAUUCGACAGAAGAUAUAAGAAGAAUCUCAAAGCGCUCUAUGUUGUCCAUCCAAGUAGGGUCAUAAGAUUUUUAUGGAAACUAUUUCAACCUAUAAUUAGUGCUAAGUUCGGUAAAAAAGUCAUACAUGUUGAAUAUCUUCAUGAUUUGGCUCAGUACGUUCAACUCUCUCAACUUCUCAUUCCUAAAGCCGUUCAAGAACAUGACGCAAAAUUACUAGAGAAGUAUAAGCCAGUAAUAAAGCCUAUGCCCAUCAUACAGGCUCCAAAGUUUACUCAACAGUUUGGCGUCACUUUGCAAUACAUGAAAGAACGAAAUCAGAACAACGUAAUACCUAUAGUAGUUAGCUCGACAACUGAAUACCUUUUAAAUGAAGGUUUAAGUUGUCAGGGAAUAUUUAGGAGAUCUGCUAAUGUUCAAUCGCUGACCGCCGUCCAAAAGCAAAUUGACAAUGGAGAAAAAAUCGAUUACGGUUCAUUCAACGAUCCCAAUUUGGCAGCUGCCGUUUUAAAAUGCUUUUGUCGGCAGUUACCAAAACCCUUACUGACAUUUGAUCUGUACGAUUACAUCUUACAAAUCCAAUCUUCUUUUCCAGAUGAUAACAAGCUUCCUGAAGUUCGCCGAGUUUUGUGCGAUGAAUUACCUGACGAUAAUUACGAAGUUUUAAAGUAUAUAAUUAGGUUUUUAGCUAAGGUUGCUGCUAACUCCGAGGUCAAUGCCAUGAAUAGUCACAAUUUAGGCAUUGUCUUUGGACCUAAUUUGCUCUGGCAUUGUACAACGCAACCGAACCCCGUCUCCAUACAAUAUAUCAAUUCAUUUACAGCCUAUUUGAUAGCUAAUUAUGAGGAAUUGUUUACAAAAUAG